AUGUCGUCCUCCGGCCCAGGCGACACCUCGGUCCCCGUCCUCAAGGACCUGACUAUCGACAACAUCACCGAGAACGUCGUGCGCAUCAACUCGCAAUGCGCCGACCCGCGCCUGAAGUACAUCAUGGAGCGGCUGGUCUCGCACCUGCACGACUUCGCGCGCGAGACCCGGCUCAGCUUCGACGAGUGGAUGGCGGGGAUCACGUUCCUGACGCAGGUGGGCCAGACGUGCACGCCAGCGCGCCAAGAAUUCAUCCUCCUCUCCGACAUCCUCGGCCUCUCCCUCCUCGUCGACGCAAUCGACCACCCCAAACCCCCCCGCUCCACAGAAGGCACCGUCCUCGGCCCCUUCCACACCCACGACGCCCCCGCCGCGCCCCACGGGACCCCCAUCUCCGCCGACCCCGCCGGCGCCCCGCUCCUCGUGCGCUGCACCGUGCGCUCGACCGCCGGCGCCCCGGUCCCUGAUGUCAAAGUCGACGUCUGGGAGACCGACAGCGCGGGCAAGUACGACGUGCAGUACGAGGCCGGCGGCGCCGACGGGCGCGCGGUGCUGCAGACGGAUGCCGAGGGGGAGUUUUGGUUCCAAGCGAUUGUGCCCGUGCCGUAUCCGAUUCCGGGGGAUGGGCCGGUGGGCGCGCUGCUUGGCCGCCUCGGGAGGCAUUGCUGGCGCCCGAGUCAUAUGCAUUUCAUGUUUGAGCGGGAGGGGUUCGAUCACCUCGUCACGGCGCUGUAUGUGCGCGGCUCGGCGUACGAGACGUCGGACGCGGUGUUUGGCGUCAAGGAGUCGCUGAUUGUGGCGCUGGGCGAGGUGUCGCCGGCACAGGCGGCGCAGUACGGGGUCCCCGAGGGGACGGCGCUGCUGGAGUAUGACUUCGUGCUUGUGUCGGAUGAGGAGACGCGGGCGCUGAGGCAUGAGGAGGCGGUCAAGGCGAUGAAGGCGCUGGGGCGCGAGGAGGGGAUGACGGUUAUCAACGGGGUGCCGGUGCCGGAUGUAGACUGA